AUGUUUCAUUCAUUAUUAUUCAAUAUCAUUGUGUUACAUUUGAUCAUACUUGUUUCAAUACAAGUUGCGAUACUUCCACGAAUAUAUUCAAUUGAUGAAAAAGUAUUCACUAAAUAUAUUAAAUGCUUUGAUUUAUCAGCACUUUUAAUUUAUAAAACUGAUUUUGGACAAGGUUUGGAUAAAUUAGUUGGUUCAGUGAUGAACAGACGCGAAGCAAACGUCGCAAAAUCUUCAAGUCGCUAUAAAUGUUUGCAAAAGGAACUAAAAAAAUCCAAAAAAAAGGCGGCUAAGCGCAGCGGAAUGGAAUGUAAAAUCCCUGAAGGACUUCAAUACAAUGACAUGAAAACUUUAAUUGAGUUGAGUAGAAAUAAAUACAAAAUUAUCAACAGUUACAACGAAAAUUUGUGUAAGUAA